AUAGAAUCAGUUGAAAUGUAAUGUCCGCUAGUGGCGGCCGGCUGCGAAACGUCUUAUAGUAGUACAUUUACGAUUUUUAUUUAUUUUGCAAAGUUUCUAAAUAUUUAAUCGUGUUGUUCUGUUUCUAUUGAUAUUGUGCGUUAGUGUAUCGGCUGUACAGUUAUUGUUUUCUACGGAGUCUAUUCGAAACAGGUGAUAGUGAUAAGGGCUUGCCGAAUGGAUCGAUAUCGGUGACUUUGAGCGUGGACGAAAAAUAAUCCCAUAGAAAGGGGUUGUUCUAAGAUGGAAAAGUCUGCGCGACCUCGGACGGCCCUCAACGAGUGUGUGAAGGUUGUAGUCCGAUGUCGACCGCUCUCGGAAAGGGAGAAAAACGAGGGUUAUGAGGAGGUGAAGAAAGCCCGCCCAGAACAGAAAUGGUACGAGCGCCUGUCCACCAAAACGCCGGUGACCAAUAAAAAGUUUGAUGCCCCCUUGCAGGUGGUGAAGGUGUGGCCGGAGCGCGGCGCCGUGCAGGUGUACAACCCCAAGGGCCAGGACAAGCUGUUCACGUACGAUGCCGCCUACGACUGCACCGCCGACACGCAGACCAUGUACGAUGAAAUGGUGCGGCCGCUGGUGGCGUCGGUACUGGACGGGUUCAACGGCUGCGUGUUCGCGUACGGGCAGACGGGCACCGGCAAGACGCACACCAUGGAGGGCACGGCGGAGCACGAGGGCGUCAUCCCGCGCGCCUUCCGCCACAUGUGGGCGCACAUCGAGAACAGCGCCUCGCCCGACGUCACGCACCUCGUGUCUUGCUCCUACAUCGAGCUCUACCUCGAGGACGUGCGCGACCUGCUCGCCAAGGACUGCAAGAAGCUCACCAUCAGAGGACAGGAGCUGAACGGGUUCUACAUCCCCGAGAUGACGUCGGUGGUGUGCAAGAGCGCGGCGGAGAUGGUGCGCGUGAUGCGCGCGGGGAACCGCAACCGCGCCGCCGGCCGCACCGACAUGAACGAGCACUCGUCGCGCAGCCACGCCGUAUUCCUCGUCACCGUCGAGACCGCGCACCGCAAGACCAACCGGAUCCGCGUGGGCAAGCUGAACCUGGUGGACCUGGCGGGCAGCGAGCGGCAGCGCAAGACGGGCGCGUCGGCCGAGCGGCUGCGAGAGGCGUCGCGCAUCAACCAGGCGCUCUCCUCGCUCGGCAACGUCAUCUCCGCGCUCGCAGAGAACAGCCCGCACGUGCCCUACAGAGACUCGAAGCUGACCCGCAUCCUGCAGGACUCGCUGGGCGGCAACAGCAAGACCAUCAUGAUCGCCAACAUCGGGCCCGCAUCCUACAACUACGACGAGACCAUCACCACGCUGCGAUACGCGCACCGCGCUAAAGCGAUAAAGAAUAAGCCAGUCCGCAAUGAGGACCCAAAGGAUGCCAAGCUGCGCGAGUACCAGGCCGAGAUCGAGCGCCUGCGGCUGCUCAUCGAGCAGCGUCGCGUCGUCGACAAGAAGCCCAAGCGGCCCGCCAAGCCGCGCCCGCAGCCCACCGACAACUCCGAGGAAGAGACAGUCAGUAUAGAAAACGAGAACAUACUGGCCGAGUCCACUAUAGAACAGGAGAAGAACAAGACUGAGGAGCUCGAGCACCAGAUCCGAGCGCUGGAGGAGCGGCUGGUGCAGGGCGGCGGCGGCAAGGACCUCAUCAACAACCUCAACGAGACGCAGCUCAUCCUCGAGCAGCGCAACAGCGAGAUCGCCGAGCGCAAGAAGCGCGAGGUCGAGAUGCAGCAGAAGAUCGAGCUGGAAGAGGAGACCGCCACCAUCGUCACCAACACCUUCACCACGCUGCAGCAGGAGGUCGACCACAAGACGCAGCGGCGAGCACGGCCAGCCCAGGCAAGAAGGAGGCGGAGCUGGCGAGCGUGGCGGUGUCGCGGGCGGGGGGGGCGCGCGCGCGGGCCUCCACCGCGCACCAGCGGCUCGGGACCGCCGGCGUGCGGUAGGUGUCGCGGGCGGGGGGGGCGCGCGCGCGGGCCUCCACCGCGCACCAGCGGCUCGGGACCGCCGGCGUGCGGUAGGUGUCGCGGGCGGGGGGGGCGCGCGCGCGGGCCUCCACCGCGCACCAGCGGCUCGGGACCGCCGGCGUGCGGUAGGUGUCGCGGGCGGGGGGGGCGCGCGCGCGGGCCUCCACCGCGCACCAGCGGCUCGGGACCGCCGGCGUGCGGUAGGUGUCGCGGGCGGGGGGGGCGCGCGCGCGGGCCUCCACCGCGCACCAGCGGCUCGGGACCGCCGGCGUGCGGUAGGUGUCGCGGGCGGGGGGGGCGCGCGCGCGGGCCUCCACCGCGCACCAGCGGCUCGGGACCGCCGGCGUGCGGUAGGUGUCGCGGGCGGGGGGGGCGCGCGCGCGGGCCUCCACGUAGGUGUCGCGGGUCCGCAUGAUCUCACUUAUCUUAAUUCCCAGUAUUUGUAAAGGCAAAGAACCUUUUGUAUAUUUACGUACGUAAUGUUAAGUCGUAGCUACAAACCGUAUGAACCGAACGAGAUAGAGCCGACGCUCGCUUCACGAUGCGGCUCGCGUAACUUAGGUUGUUGUUUGUUUUAUAAGAUUUUAUUUUACCAUUGUUGUCUCUUUAGUUUUUGUAAAUUUUUAUUUUGUGCCUCGAUACCGACACAUGUGUUUGAGCUAGUGAUAUUAGAUAGUUUACUAUGAUUAUUAUAUAAAAUUCGACCGCGUAAUGUUAGUAUCGGUAAAUGUGAAAUAGCCGGAUACAACCGCGAGCCAGCCUGCCGGCAAUGUGAUCCAAGUAAUGUAUGUUCAAAUGUGUUACCAAAGAUGGAAACUGUCCAUUCCGUACGUUUGUGACACAAUGUCGACGACACGGUGUACUUGUUCCUUUAUUUGUAUAAAUUCAUUUGUGGAUAUGUUAAUAUUAUUUCUAAACAGUUUCUAGUCAAUGAUGAAUUAUAUUCUUGUAUACAAAUAUUGUAAAUAAUAAUAAUAAUGGUAUUUUAGGUAUUUAAAAAGUAUCCAUAAUACAGAGUAUGAACUAGAGUAAGUAGGAUGCUACAAUUAGCGCACAAUACUUUUUGAAUACCGAUGGGAACUACUGUCAUUAUCAUUAUUGCGGAGCGAUUCCCCACAGCCGGGCCCGAGCCCGGGCCCGGGGGCGCUCGCUCAUGGCAACUAUCUUGCUUUAAAUUUUGUUAAAUCAAGUUAUGGAUUAUAUGAAAUAGUUGUAUAUUUUGGGAUUGUAGUUAUUUAUACUGUAUUCAUUGUAUUGGCUUUAUAUUUUAUUUAAAUUAUGGAUGGAGUUGAUCAUGUAUUGUGAUAUAUCAUUUUGGUAACUGCUAGUCAGCCGUGCCGCAUACACGCUUAUACUCACUAAUGAAAUAAACAUUUUAAAUUUUUA